GUUAAAGAUCCGGUCCUGUGCUAGUCGAUAAAAUGUGGGAUCCGCUAUAAACGCUAUCCGCCGAUUUAACUGUGCGCGCGAUCGCUUUUAUUUCAGUCUUUCAUUUGCUUUCAAUUCUGGUUGAGUUGUCUAGUCAGUGAUCCCAUUUUUUUGUUGCGCUUUUUAUAAUUAAAUUCGGUCAACAUGUCCUUGGACGAGAAAUUUAACAAAGCUGCCGUUGAUGUCAAAAAUCUAAAAACCAAACCAUCCGAUCAAGACCUUCUAGAAAUAUACGCAUUAUUCAAGCAAGCAUCUGAAGGUGAUGUGAAAACAGCUCGACCAGGACUUUUGGAUUUGAAAGGAAAGGCGAAAUGGGACGCUUAUAAUGGCAAAAAAGGUAUGGAUAAGGAUCAAGCAAAAGAACUAUACAUCACAAAAGUACAAUCGUUGAUCGACAGUAUAGGAUUGAAUUAGUAUAGCCACUUCUGAACAUCACAUAGGUUUUAAGGGCGCAAAUAGUUUUUGUUACUAUUUAUUACUAUUUACAUAAAUAAAAAAAGAGUCAUCUUUU